ACAUACAGUACUCUGCAGUACUCUAUACACAACCAACAGUCAGUCAGCCGCCAUUGCUUUCAUAUUGACUUGGUUUCGCGCCCGGCUAAAAAAAACGUUUCAUAUAACAUAUUAUGAUCAAGGGAUUGUAGUUAUUCUUAUUUCGUUUUGUCAGACAAUAUGUCGCAAACUGAAGAAGCCAUGGAUGUGGGAGAUGUCGGCGAAAACUCUAAUGGAUCUUCGAGCGAUACCACAUCAUCACGAGGCAAAGAAGGUGAUUUCGAAAGUAAGAUUGAAACUGAUCGUUCCAAAAGAUUUGAAUUCUUACUCAAACAAACAGAGAUCUUUUCGCAUUUCAUGACAAACACUCCAAAAUCGGGCAGUAGCCCUCCGAAAGCUAAAGCUGGGAGACCGAAGAAAAAUAAAGAUCCUGUGGAGUCCUCAAGUUCUGCUGGAGAUCACCGUCAUCGCAAAACAGAGCAAGAGGAAGAUGAAGAGCUCUUAGCUGAAACCAACCUCAAACAGAAGACUAUCUUCAGAUUUGAAGCAUCUCCCCAUUACAUUAAGAAUGGGGAGAUGAGAGACUACCAGGUUAGAGGCCUUAACUGGAUGAUUUCACUUUAUGAGAAUGGUAUCAACGGUAUUUUAGCUGAUGAGAUGGGUCUGGGGAAGACACUUCAGACAAUUUCAUUGCUUGGCUAUAUGAAACAUUUUAAAAAUGUUCCUGGUCCACAUAUAGUUAUUGUGCCAAAAUCUACUUUAACAAAUUGGAUGAAUGAAUUCAAAAAGUGGUGUCCAUCACUGAAAGCUGUGUGCCUUAUAGGAGACCAAGAGACAAGGAAUACAUUCAUACGCGAGACACUGAUGCCUGGUAAUUGGGAUGUCUGCAUCACAUCAUAUGAAAUGAUAAUAAGAGAGAAAUCUGUAUUCAAGAAAUUCAAUUGGCGUUACAUGGUCAUUGAUGAGGCCCACCGCAUAAAGAAUGAAAAGUCUAAAUUGUCAGAGUUGCUUCGGGAAUUCAAGAGUAUGAAUAGAUUGUUGCUUACUGGUACUCCAUUGCAAAACAACUUGCAUGAACUUUGGGCUUUGCUCAAUUUUCUGCUACCAGAUGUGUUUAACAGUUCUGAUGACUUCGAUUCUUGGUUUAAUACAAAUGCGGCCCUAGGAGACAACCAAUUGGUCUCCCGCCUGCAUGCUGUCCUCAGACCGUUCUUACUUCGGCGUCUCAAGUCUGAAGUAGAAAAGAAGCUGAAACCUAAAAAAGAGCUUAAGGUUUAUGUGGGAUUAAGUAAGAUGCAACGUGAAUGGUAUACAAAGGUACUAAUGAAGGAUAUUGAUGUAGUGAAUGGUGCGGGUAAAGUGGAGAAGAUGAGACUGCAGAAUAUUCUCAUGCAGCUACGUAAAUGUUGCAACCACCCGUACCUGUUUGAUGGUGCCGAGCCAGGCCCACCUUACACCACAGAUGAACAUCUUGUCUACAACUGCGGCAAAUUGGUCAUUCUAGACAAGUUGCUCCCCAAACUGCGGGAGCAAGAUUCCCGAGUUUUAAUUUUCUCACAGAUGACAAGGAUGUUGGACAUAUUGGAGGACUACUGUUUGUGGAGGCAAUAUAAAUAUUGUCGUUUGGAUGGCCAAACACCUCAUGAAGACAGAAACAGACAAAUAGAAGAAUACAAUGCUGAGGGCAGUGAGAAAUUCAUUUUUAUGUUAUCCACGAGAGCUGGCGGUCUAGGUAUCAAUUUGACUUCGGCGGAUGUUGUCAUUAUUUAUGAUUCCGAUUGGAAUCCACAGAUGGAUUUGCAAGCUAUGGACAGAGCUCAUCGUAUUGGACAGAAAAAACAAGUGCGAGUAUUUAGACUCAUCACAGAUAAUACAGUUGAAGAAAAGAUUGUGGAGCGUGCAGAAGUGAAGUUGAGAUUGGAUAAAUUGGUCAUCCAGUCUGGACGACUUGUCGACACUAAGAACCAACUCAACAAAGAUGAGAUGCUGAAUAUGAUCAGGCAUGGAGCUAAUCACGUUUUCUCUUCAAAGGAUUCUGCCAUUACAGAUGAAGAUAUUGAUACUAUUCUGGCUAAAGGAGAAUCAAAGACAGAAGAACUGAAGCAGAAGUUGGAAAGUCUUGGAGAAUCUUCGUUGCGCGCUUUCUCAAUGGACACACCCGGAGCUACGACUGACUCGGUUUAUCAAUUUGAAGGAGAGGAUUACAGGGAGAAGCAAAAAGUUAUACCUAUCGGUAGCUGGAUCGAACCCCCUAAACGUGAGCGUAAAGCUAAUUAUGCUGUGGAUGCAUACUUCAGGGAGGCAUUGCGUGUGUCUGAACCUAAGGCUCCGAAGGUACAGGCUCCACGGCCGCCAAAGCAACCAAUAGUUCAAGAUUUCCAGUUUUUCCCACCACGACUAUUUGAACUGUUGGACCAAGAAAUAUAUCAUUAUAGAAAGACUUUAGGUUAUAAAGUACCUCGCAAUCCUGAAUUGGGUCCAGAUGCAGCUAAGAUCCAAAGAGAAGAGCAACGAAAAAUAGACGAUGCGGAGGCUCUCAGCGAAGAGGAAGUUCAAGAAAAGGAACAACUUUUGACACAAGGUUUCACCAAUUGGACAAAGAGAGAUUUUAAUCAGUUUAUAAAAGCAAAUGAGAAAUACGGCAGAGACGACAUCGAAAAUAUUGCUAAAGAUGUCGAGGGAAAAACACCAGAAGAGGUUAUGGAGUAUUCAGCUGUAUUUUGGGAAAGAUGUCAUGAACUCCAAGACGUCGACAGGAUAAUGGGCCAGAUUGAGAGGGGUGAGGCAAAAAUACAAAGAAGAGCUUCGAUCAAAAAGGCAUUGGAUGCUAAAAUGGCUCGUUAUAGGGCACCGUUCCAUCAACUAAGAAUAUCGUAUGGCACAAAUAAAGGGAAAAAUUAUGUUGAAGAAGAGGAUAGAUUCCUGGUAUGUAUGCUUCAUAAGCUGGGUUUCGACAAAGAGAAUGUGUAUGAAGAGCUUCGGGCGGCAGUACAUGCGGCGCCGCAGUUCCGCUUCGAUUGGUUCCUCAAGUCGAGGACUGCGGUCGAGCUACAGCGCAGAUGUAAUACGCUUAUCACGUUAAUCGAAAGAGAAAAUCAAGAGUUGGAGGAGAAAGAACGAGCAGAAAAGAAGAAAAAGAGUGGAGUCGCUAAUCAAAACACGCCAGGAGGGAAUGCGGCUGGCAAAGGCGCCAACACCGGGAAACGCAAAGCGGACAAUACUCCAGACACCGCACAGAAACAUAAGAAAAAGAAGAAGUAGUAAAAGAACACAAGAUCUGAACUCAUUUAAAAAUGCAAACUGACAAAUAGACAUAAUACUUUUUUACUACGCCGAAUAUUAUAUAAUAGCUUCGUUUCUAUUACUAUUUCUAAAUUUCUUAUUUAUUUCACAAUUUUUACUUACUGUGAUUUAAUGUAGAAAAGCAUGUUUGUUUUUAAUUUCCAGAUUAUAAUUAAAUUUUUUCCCUUUAAAACGAAGUUUGUAAAACACCAUUAGCCUCAUUUGUGGGCUACAAUUUAGUUUUUAAUUAAACGCGCUAGCCCUUCGCUUAAUACUUAGGUACUUAAAAGAACAUUCCCACUAUGUUUUGAGAUAAUUGUUGAAAUUGAUUAUUUUAUGCAAAAUAAUUGUAACUAUUGAUCAGUUGUCGAGAUUUGGCAUGUCAUUUUGUAUUGUAAUAAAGUGAAAUUUUAAAUGCUUAA